AUGCCGAAAGCCGUGGCGAGGCCUCAGAUACCAGAAGUGUAUCCUGAAGUCCUUGCAUUGCCUAUUGUACGGCGGCCGCUGUUUCCUGGAUUCUACAAGGCUGUCGUCGUGAAAGACCCGGCUGUCAUGGAUGCAUUGAAGGAAGCCGUGAAGCGAGGCCAACCUUACAUUGGUGCUUUCUUGCUCAAGGACGAAAAGGAGGAUACUGACGUGAUUGCAAAACUCGAUCAAGUCUAUGAAGUGGGUGUCUUUGCGCAAAUCACAAGCAUCUUUGGCGCAAAGGGUGCAGACGGCAAGGAUGAGAGCGUCACAUGUGUGCUCUUCCCACACCGCCGCAUCAAGAUCAACAAGAUUGUGCACAACAGAGCAUCAAUUACUGCAGCAGACGAACUGACAGUCAAGCCUGAGGACGGCAAUAUCUUGACCCCUGCAGAGCCUGUCGCGAUGGACGAGGCAAAGAGUGGUGAAGAAUCUGAGGUUGAGACACCGCAAGUCACCCAGUUCCUACGCGACUAUGAUGUUUCUGUGGUCAAUGUUGAGAAUCUCGAAGACUUGCCCGUAAACCGCAACGGUGACACUGUCAAAGCCGUUACUGCAGAGAUUGUACAGACCUGCAAGGAUAUUGCAGGCAUCAAUCCCAUCUUCCGCGACCAGAUUGCAAAUUUCAGCAUGUCUCAAUCGGCUGGCAGCAUGUUUGAAGAUCCUGCGCGUCUUGCUGACUUUGCUGCAGCAGUCAGUGGUGGCGACACGCUCGAGUUGCAGGAGAUUUUAUCAGCGCUUGACAUUGAGUCUCGUGUUCACCAGGCGCUUGUAGUGCUCAAGAAGGAGUUGCUCAAUGCGCAAUUGCAGACCAAGAUUGCAAAGGAUGUCGAGGGCAAAAUUCAAAAGCGUCAGCGAGAAUUUUACCUGCUUGAACAACUCAAGGGCAUCAAGCGCGAGCUCGGUAUCGAGACGGAUGGUAAAGACAAGUUAGUGGAGAAGUUCACUGAGCGUGCAUCCAAGUUGGCGAUGCCAGAGCACAUUCGUCCAGUCUUUGAUGAGGAGCUGGCAAAGUUGCAAACACUCGAGCCCGUCAGCAGCGAGUUUAGUGUUUCUCGCAACUACCUCGACUGGCUCACUUCGAUUCCAUGGGGCCAGAAGUCUACGGAGAACUACGACAUUCAGCAUGCCAUCAAAGUGCUUGAUGAGGACCACUACGGUCUCAAGGACAUCAAAGAUCGUAUCCUCGAGUUCAUUGCCGUUGGCAAACUUCGUGGUACGGUCGAGGGCAAGAUUUUGUGCUUUGUGGGUCCGCCCGGUGUUGGCAAGACAUCUAUUGGUAAAUCUAUUGCUCGCGCCUUGAGCAGGCAAUUCUACCGCUUCAGUGUUGGCGGUUUGACAGAUGUUGCUGAAAUCAAAGGACAUCGUCGAACCUAUGUCGGUGCCAUGCCCGGUAAAGUCAUUCAAUCUCUCAAAAAGGUUCAGACGGAGAAUCCGCUCAUCUUGAUUGAUGAGAUUGACAAGGUUGGCCGUGGCUACAACGGUGAUCCCAGCAGCGCAUUGCUGGAGUUGCUUGACCCUGAGCAAAAUUCUUCCUUCCUCGACCACUACCUCGACCUACCAGUUGACUUAUCUAAAGUCUUGUUUGUCUGCACUGCCAAUCAAACAGACACCAUUCCUGGUCCGUUGCUUGAUCGUAUGGAGAUCAUCCAGCUAUCAGGCUACAUUGCAGAUGAGAAGAAGGCUAUUGCAAAGCAAUACCUCGCACCAACCGCUAAAGACGCUGCAGGUCUCGCAGAUGCCAAUGUCCAGCUGACUGACUUGGCCAUUGAGAAACUCAUCAAGGAGUACUGCCGCGAAGCAGGUGUUCGCAACUUGAAGAAGCAAAUUGAUAAAAUCUUCCGCAAGUCAAGUUUCAAUAUUGUCAAAUCGCUUGGUGAGCAAGGGUUGUUGACGGAAGAAGAAGCUAUUACGCCAGAGGGCAAAGCAGCGCAAGCGUCAAAAGAAACACAGGAACGCGAUGCAGCACGCAGGGAGGAAGCUGCCAAGUCAACCGAGACGAGAUUGCCCGACCAAGAAGCAGGCGUUGGUACCUCUACGACACCACGAAAGCAGCUCAAAGUACCAGACUCUGUUUCUGUAGAGAUCAGCCCGGAGAACCUCAAGGACUAUGUCGGCGCGCCUGUCUUCUUGUCAGAUCGCUUGUAUGAAACGACACCGCCUGGUGUUGUUAUGGGUCUUGCAUGGACAUCUAUGGGCGGUACUGCCUUGUACAUCGAGUCUAUUCAAGAAGGUGCUCUGUCACGUUCACAGCGACCUAGCUUUAAUCGCACUGGAAAGCUCGGUGAUGUGAUGAAGGAGUCCAGUACGAUUGCCUACUCCUUCGCAAAGGGUUUCCUGGUUCGUGAAUUCCAGGAGAACAGAUUUUUCGAAAAGGCACAAAUUCACCUGCAUUGUCCCGAGGGUGCUGUUGGCAAAGACGGUCCAUCUGCUGGUAUCACCAUGACGACUGCUUUGCUCUCGCUUGCUCUGGAUCAUCCACUUGAUCCAACCAUUGCAAUGACGGGUGAGUUGACCUUGACUGGUAAAGUGCUUCGCAUUGGUGGUCUCAAGGAAAAAGCUGUUGCAGCGAAACGUUCCGGUGUCAAGACGAUCCUCUUCCCCGAAGCAAACUUGGCAGACUGGCAAGAACUGCCGGAGAAUGUUCGUGAAGGUUUGACGGGUGUACCUGUUGCUUGGUACCCUGAAGUCUUUGACGUUUGCUUCAAGGAUCUCGACCGGGCCAAGGCGAAUACACGGUGGGUCAAGGAAAUUGAGCAAGGCGAGAAGCGGGAACGCAAGAUGAAGAAGCAGGAUGACUGA